UUCUUCAUUGCACCCCGACCUCGUACAGUGCCCACAACAGGUGUACAGCGAAUAUCAGUGCGUCAAAAAACCGAAAAUGAAAUCAACUUCCAGCACCGUCACCUGCGGCUCUCUAGUUAUGAUUGCACUGGCCUCGUUGGUGGUCUUGGAAAUUACCUCGAGCUUUACAGAAGCUUAUCCAAGCUACUCAGGGUACUAUUCACCAAUGGGGUACGAGGAACCGAACCCCUACCAAAUUCCCAACCUGGAACAAGCUAUCAUGAGGCUUCGAGCGGCAUUUGCUGAUAACAACGAGUUGGAAAACAAGAAUAAUAUCGGACUGAGCAUGGUCGAAUUGCUCGAGCUGACAAGGGAAGCGUUUGACCUUUGGUUGAAACAUUAUCAAGAGAAGUUGGUAGAGGCUGAUGCACUGGUUGAAGGACAACCUCAAAGUCCUCAAACGAAGAGGUCCCAACUGGCCGAACUUCGUGGCAGCAGAAUAGACCGUUUUUCCCUGGACGGAACGUUAAAGAGAACCGCCGAUUUCGGUUCCGAUCGCGGCCACACCGGACAGAAGGAAUACGCCCUACGUACGAUCUCAACCAGAUCUAGACCGAGCGAAAAGAAAUCGGUCAUUGCGGAUUUCGGGACGGAGGGACAAAGGGAGGCGGCCAAUAUCGUGAACAAAAUUUUGGGACACAAUAAAUUGCUACAGGACGUUGGCAAAUAGUUUACCUCGGUCUGGCAAUAACAUGUGAAAAUUACAUAUCUGUGUUUCUACUUUUAAUGGAAUAUAUUGCUUGCAAAUUG